CGUUGUCAGAAUAAAAGUGGCUUGCUGGGACCACUUUGGAUGGGAAAGAAAAAGAGGUCUCUUUCAGAUCACAAGCGCGGCAGCAUGAGAAUUUGUUUGCCUGGAACUUUUGGAAUUGGUUGCAAAGACGGGCAUUUUGAUCCAGACAUGAGAGUUUAUGUGAGAUGAAAGCUCGGCUCUUGCGAUGCUCCAAUUCUUCGCUCUUGGUGUGAUCUUGAGCCUCUCUCCACAAGCAAGUGAUGGACUCACGGAUCCACAAGAUGUCUAUGCAUUGCGAAUUCUAUACGAGAGCCUCCGGUCACCUUCUGUGCUUGGAUGGAAGCCCCAUGGAGGAGGAGAUCCUUGCGGAGAGCACUGGCAUGGUGUAGAAUGCUCUGGGGACAACGUAAUUGCAAUACGACUCUCGGGUCUAAAGCUUCGAGGAUCUUUGGGCUACGCACUCAACAAAUUCACAAGCCUUUCCAUCUUGGACUUGAGUAACAAUCACAUUGGUGAAACGCUGCCCUUCGAAUUUCCUGCUCGUGUUUCUCAUUUGAAUCUGGGAAACAAUGUUUUUAUUGGGCCCAUUCCUUAUUCAAUGAAACGCUUGAUGUCUUUGACAAGCCUCAGGAAUCUUAGCACCAAUUUUCUUUCUGGUUAUGUGCCUGAUAUUUUUGAAAAGCUUUCUAAUCUUCACACUUUUGACAUUUCAAAUAAUAAUUUUACUGGAGAGCUCCCGGACUCAUUUAGUUUAUUGAGCGGCUUGGCAACCUUGCAUAUACAGCAGAACCAACUCAAUGGAACACUACAACUUCUGGAGCAUUUACCUCUCAAAGACUUAAACAUUGAAAACAAUGAUUUUACUGGUAAGCUCCCUGUUGGCCUACAAUCUCUUCCAAAAUUCAGGGGUGGUGGAAAUCGAUUUGAUGAUUUCCCAUACAAUCCAUCUUCCAGCCACGAAGGAACAAACGCUGCAUUGCCAAUGCAAGGUCCUCGACCACAUGAAUCACUCAAACCUUACCAGACUAGCUCUAGUUUUCUCACAGGAGCAAAGCUCGCGGGAAUCAUCACCGGAGCCAUCGUGGUAGCUUUCGUGCUUACAUUCUUUGUUUUCACGCUAAGCAAGCUCAAGAGGGUCAUCGAUCAUGGCUCGCAAACUUCCACAAACACAAAGCUUCUUCCUUCACUACCAUCAAAUGAUCCUCCAGGCAAGGAGAAAGGUGACAAAGAACAAACUUUGUCAAGCAUUCGACCACUUCCAAUGGAAAAGUACCAUCCUCCAAUCCAGAAAACGUCCGGGAACUUGGUCUUGUCAACAAAAGCCAAAGAGUUGGAUCAUCACAUAGCAGCAGCUUCGUUUUCGUGCGUGGAGAUCCAAGCAGCAACUCGAAACUUUGGAAAGCACAACUUGAUCGGCGAGGGAUUGCUGGGCAGCGUGUAUCGAGCAGAAUUUCCUUCCGGCCAGGUAUUUGCCAUAAAAAAACUGGAUAGCACGUCGAGCUAUUUUAAAGACGAGGAAACUCUACGAAGAAUUAUAUCCAGCAUUUCCAGCCUCCGACAUGGAAACAUAGUCGAGCUAUGUGGAUUUUGCGUGGAAAAGAACCAGUGUUUUCUCGUGUAUCCAUACUUCAGCACGGGAACUCUUCACGAUCACUUGCAUUCCUCUCCCGAGAAAAAUCUCAGUUGGAACCAGCGAAUGAAAGUUUCUUUGGGUGCUGCUCGUGCUCUAGAAUACUUGCAUGAGGUUGCUUCUCCAGUGACAGUCCAUCGCAACUUCAAAUCGGCAAAUAUUUUACUCGACCAGGAAUUCAAUCCUUUCGUGUCUGACACUGGCCUGGCCGCUUUGAUCCCACUCAGUCUGGAAAGACAGAUUUCUUCCCAAAUGUUGGGAUCAUUUGGAUACAGCGCUCCAGAAUAUGCUUUGGCUGGAAUCUACACAGUGAAGAGCGAUGUUUAUAGCUUUGGAGUUUUGAUGCUGGAGCUUCUAACCGGCCGAGAGCCUCUAGACAGCUCAAGGCCGAGAUCCAAGGAGCUCUCUCUGGUAGCAUGGGCCGUUCCAAAGCUCAACGACUUGGAUAGCUUGGCAAGCAUUGUGGAUCCAAAGCUCGAAGGCAUGUAUGCUGCCAAGGCUCUCUCUCGCUACGCCGAGAUCAUAACACAGUGCAUCCAAGCAGAAGCAGUGGAUCGACCUGCCAUGUCUGAGGUGGUGCAAUCACUGGCUGGACUGAUGCAGCGAGCAGGCACAAGCAAGAAAACGGUGUCCCGAGAGAUGCCUUUGCAACAGAGCCCGGGACGAGCACCUUUAAGGAACUCUGGAAAUGAAGUAGCGUCAACAUCGUCACCGUCAUUCGAGAAAUCGUUCGAGGCUCAAAACUUAUCAGAUUCUAUCAAGUUCUCCAUGUAAGAUAGCGUGAUUAGUUUGAAGAUCAAGUUUCUGAAAGCUAGCAGAGAAAGCUAGAUUAUAGAAACAGCUCAAAACUUUCUUGGCAAAGCAGAUUUUAAAUAUA